UUUCCAUUUUCAGUGUUGACCAAUAUUGGCGCUGAUCAAUAUUCGCUGGCGUGAUUGUGAUAAAUGAAAAUGAAUCAAUAUGAUAACAUGACUGAUUGUGGUCAGACAACAACAACAACUACAACAUGUUACAGACGUAAUAAAAAUUGUGAUGAUGAUCAGAAGAACGAAGGUCCCAAACAUGUCUCUUCACAAGACACUCAUCAAUUUCCGGAAAAUGAAGAGCCAAAUGUUUUGGGCCAUGGCUCACCAGCUGCAGUUACAUCGUUGCAACAACAACAACGUAACAGUUGUUGCCAAUCCGAAUCACAGGUCGAUGACAAUGAAAAGUACAAUAAACAUAAAGUGUUGCUAAAUUUUGAAGAGGCACCUGAUCAUUUAAAAUUUAAUCCUUACAUAAGACAUGGCUAUCGUACAUUCCUCUCCACAAAAUUGUGUCUGCAAAGUAUGUUCUGGUGGACAAAUGAAACGAUCAACAUAUGGAGUCAUUUAUGUGGUUGUAUACUAUUUAUUGGCUUGACCAUAUUCGAUUUUCAAUUCCUAAAAGUUCAUGCCGAACUUGAGGAUCAGAUUUUGGUUGUAUGCCUCUUGAUAUGCUUCUGCCUGUGCAUGCUGCUAUCCUCGAUCUAUCACAUAUUCUCGUGUAAAUCGGAAGAACAUUAUGAGCUAUUCCUGUCGGUGGACUAUUUGGGCAUAUCGUUGUCACUGGUGGCCAUCUAUAUCAGCAGCAUGUAUUAUGCCUUUUGGUGUUUUAAGUCUCUUAGAAUAAUUUAUUCUGUGAUUGCUUUGAGCAUGUUCGCCCUAGCUAUGGUUGUACAAAUUCCCAAAUUAAAUGUUUCCCUAAAUGCAAAAAUAGCGGUGCUAUUUACAUGGGCAGCUUAUGGUGUCAUACCACUUGGCCAUUGGACUGUGGUCAUGGGUGGUUUGGAAAAUGAACUUGUGAGACUAAUGGUUCCCCGUGUCAUCAUCAUGUAUGCCCUGUGUGCUAUUGCCUUUGUGAUAUACGCUGCAAAGAUUCCCGAACGCUGGCUGACCGGCAAAGUUGACUACAUUGGUCACUCACACAACUGGUGGCAUCUAUUCAUUUUGGCCGCUUUCUAUCACUGGCACAACACCGGUCUGGUCUAUGCUGAAUAUCGCUUGAACAACGGCUGCAAUGGACCCAUCCUGACGUGAAGACUAUCAAGCCUGCUAGCAUGCUAAUGUC